CAGGCUAACUUUAUUUUUUUUUUUCUGCUUAUCACACUUUUAUUGUAGAAAAUUUGAAAAAUAUAGGAUAAAAGUACGAAGAAAUGAAAAUCACCUGUAUCUUACCAUCUAGAAAUAACUGCCAUUAUCUACUAACGUUAGAACUUCAUCAGGUGUAAGAUAUGAACACCGCCCCACCCGCACCCCAUUCUCCAGCGUAGGUAUCCGUUCUGUGACCUUGCAGCCAUCUCAACGUCACAACCCCGCCCCCCCAAUACGUCAUAGUGCCCCGGGCGUUCCAGGUGCGCGGCGCAGCAGGACAACCCUCGAAAGUGAGAGGCGAGGGACGCACUCUGAGCCGGAAUGGGCGACUGGAAAGGCUACAUCAGUGCGGUGCUGCGGGACCAGCGCAUCGACGACGUGGCCAUCGUGGGCCACUCGGACAAUCGCUGCGUGUGGGCAUCGCGGCCCGGUGGCCUGCUGGCGGCCAUCUCACCGCAGGAGGUGGGUGUACUCACCGGGCCGGACCGGCGCACCUUCCUGCAGGCGGGCCUGAGUGUGGCGGGCCGCCGCUGCUGCGUCAUCCGAGACCACCUGCUGGCCGAGGGCGAUGGAGUGCUGGACGCGCGCACUAAGGGGAAGGACGGGCGCGCCAUCUGCGUGGGCCACACGCCGCGUGCACUCCUCGUGCUCAUGGGCCGGCGGGGCGUGCAUGGGGGCGUUCUCAACAAGACGAUGCACGAGCUGAUCCAUGGGCUGCGCUCGCAGGGCACCUAGCAGGACAGCCAGACAGCGCCAAAAUAAAGUCUGACCUGGGCAUGGCAGACUCA